AGAUGGAGUUUGCUCAGCUGUCAAUGAAGAUAUUCAAGCUUAAAAUUCUCUGAGCACGUUCAGGACUAAAGAGAUACCAAGUGGGGUUGUUUACUUUCUUCAUUAUUGCACUUAUUGCAUUGAUUGGAAACAGGGUUACAUGAGGGUACAGGGUUGGACAUGAAAAACAGAAACAAACCAAAGCGACCACAUCCUUCAUUAUCACAUUUGAUAUUGUAAAGCAUAUUCAUUGGUUUUAGACCCACAUCCUCCAAACCACUAAACUAAAGGCCUGGCCUCACCAGCCAGGUGGAAUUUCACAUAGGAUUACAUGGCCUGAAGAAAAGCUGCCUCCCUAUUUAUGCAUCUGUGUCAGCAGACAGUCUCUCCGUAAUGUCAGUACAUAAUGCUGGGUGUGAACAGCUGGGUAAACACAGGACGCUAGUGUCCACUGAGGUCAAGAGGUUUCAUGACUUUUUGUUUAGCAGUCAUCACCAAGAGCAGUUAAACACCAUAAAGGUAGUAAGUGGAGAACAACAUAUCUCUACUGCAUCAUAGAUAUCUGGCUAAACACAGGAGAUAGGUGUUAUCUUUAUUGUGGGCAGUCAGCCGGUGAAAGCAAAAUUAACCUUCAUCAAGGUGGUAAGUACACAGAGGGAGGGAGUGUGGUUCAGUGUGCACACAUUAUACUAUGGCUGCUAGUGGAGUUGGAUAGGUUAACAGUGAGUGGAUACAUGAAUUUCUGUCUAUAGUCAUGCCAGCAGCACUGUGAGCAGUGUUUUGAGCUAAAUGCUAAUAUCAGCAUGCUUGAUGAUUAGCAUAUAUAAUGUUUACCAUGUUAACCAUGUAGUUUAGUGUAGGAGCAUCCAUGCAAUAGUUGGACCAAGUCACAAUGCUAGCAUGGCUAAAAAAUAACAAUACAUGUUUUUUUAAAACAAUUUAAAUUUGAUCUAAAAUGCAAAACACCAUUAAGUAUUUAUUACUCCUUAUUUAAAGAUAAAUAUUUAAAGAUAAAGCCUAACCCUCUUUUGCAGCCUCUUGCUAUUAGUGAGAUUUCUGUAUUUUUGUGUUUUCUUAAUGUUUGUCUCACAUCAGUUGUUUGAAGUGGAUGGGCUCUGGUGGAAAAAUAUAAAUUAUUUUCACACACCAAACAGAAUUAAAAAAAUAAAUAAUCAAUAAAAAGAUAAUCAUAAUGAGAAUGUGAUGAUAGUCACACUGUUUGCUUUUGUUGUUUGUGUUGCCAAGGGAGAUGCAAGUGUCACUGAAAUCAGAAUGAAACACACCCAGACUGUCAUGACGGUGACACAGGUUAAGAGUUUUUCAAUGUCUGUAACUAAUUUAUGACUAAAGAGUUUUUUUUUCUAACUAUAUCUUAUUAAAGAUUGAUGUUAAUGUAAGAUUUGAAGUUUUCACACACUAUUAAACAAAAAAAUACUUUCAUAUUCUCUUUGUUCCGCACUUCAUUGAGGGUUGAGUUUAUGUUGAAAAGCAACCAUGGUUUACACUGUGGAAAAUCAAGUAUGCCAAAUUACCUUUUGACAAUGUACCAUUAAAUCUACUGACAACUAUCACUGAAUUACUUUGAUAUCGUUGAAAUCUUUAAGACCUAAUGUUUCUCAGUUAAGUACUGCAGCACUCCAAUCCCUGCCCAAAUGAUCUACAUUAUCUUUUGUAGUUCUUGUGUACAGUAAAGAAAUACAUAUUUGCUCAAAUUUCCACAUUUUUAAAAAACAAUAGCCUGUUGAGGACAUGACCUUGGUUCCUUGCCCAGGGCAAUAUUCUUGCUGGGGUGCAGAAUUCUUUGUUACGCUCCUGUGUUCAGGCUACAGAAAGUAAUUGUAAACUUAUGUAACGGUAGUAUACCUAAAAGAAUAUGUGCAUUUGAAAACAUGAAAAUAAAUGUUGUGAAAUUAAAAAAUAGUUUGCAUUCUUGUGCAGUUGACCCAGCUGCGGCAGCCUCGGGCAGUAUGAACUCCAGCGUGAGAAGAAAGAAGCUUCUUUGACGUCAGCCACGUUAGAUUUCAGUAGUCCAAGAUGGCGGAGGUGAGCGGGUUGAGGAGCAGAAAUCACUUCGAGUCCAGCCGCAAAAGCCGAGUCGUUGACGAAGGCUUGAGUGGCGUGGAAGAUGUUCCCAUUUUUCGGCAUAAACAGAAGCCUCCUUUAGCCAAGUCCGAAGACCUGGAAGAUGAAUUUCUUCCCAGGAGCAUGGCCUCAAACUCGGGCAAAAAUACCAGCCUCACUCCCUCACCAGAUGAAGGGAUUCACGAAGACGAGGCUGUAAUAGAGGACGAAAAGGCCAGGCCCAUCCAGAUUGUCUUGGCCAAUGAGGAUGAGCACAGCUUUGAGUUGGAUGCUGCAGCACUGGAGAAAAUCCUGCUGCAAGAUCACGUGAAGGACCUAAAUGUGGUGGUCGUGUCUGUGGCAGGGGCCUUCCGCAAGGGCAAGUCCUUCCUGCUGGACUUCAUGCUGCGAUACAUGCACAAUCAGAGUGAAAGGUGGAUUGGGGGUGAUGAUGAGCCCCUGACAGGGUUCACCUGGAGAGGGGGCUGCGAGAGGGAGACCACAGGAAUUCAGAUCUGGAGCGAAGUGUUUGUGGUCGACAAGCCAGACGGCAGCAAGGUAGCCGUACUCCUUGUUGACACUCAGGGAGCGUUUGACAGUCAGUCCACCAUAAAGGACUGUGCUACUGUAUUCGCCCUCAGCACAAUGACCAGCUCUGUACAGGUGUACAAUCUCUCCCAGAACAUACAGGAGGAUGACCUGCAACAUCUGCAGCUCUUCACAGAAUAUGGUCGGCUGGCAAUGGAAGAGAUCUACCUGAAACCUUUCCAGUCCUUGAUGUUCCUGAUUCGGGACUGGAGUUAUCCUUAUGAACAUUACUAUGGCCUGGAAGGAGGCAACACCUUCCUGGAGAAGAGACUACAGGUAAAACAGAAUCAACAUGAAGAGUUGCAAAAUGUCAGGAAGCACAUCCACUCCUGCUUCUCCAACAUCGGCUGCUUCCUGCUGCCACAUCCUGGCCUCAAGGUGGCCACCAACCCGUACUUUGACGGGAGGCUGAAAGACAUUGAUGGUGAUUUUAAGAGGGAGUUGGCCGAGCUGGUGCCUCUCCUCCUCGCCCCAGAACGACUGGUAGAGAAAGAGAUCGGAGGCAAUAAAGUCACCUGCAGAGAUCUCCUGGAGUACUUUAAGGCUUACAUAAAGAUCUACCAAGGUGAGGAGCUGCCUCACCCAAAGUCCAUGCUGCAGGCGACAGCAGAAGCCAACAACCUGACCGCUGUUGCAGGAGCCAAAGACAUGUACGGCAAGAACAUGGAGCUGAUCUGUGGCGGGGACAAGCCAUACAUCGCCCCAGCUGACCUGGAGCGUUGCCACGAGGAGUUUCGCGAGCACUCGGUGCGUUACUUUCGGUCCGUGAAGAAAAUGGGUGGCGAUGAGUUCUGCCAGCGCUACCAGAACCAACUGGAGUCUGAGCUGGACGAGACCUUCACCAACUUCUCCAAACACAACGACGGCAAAAACAUCUUCUAUGCAGCACGCACACCAGCCACGCUGUUUGCAGUCAUGUUUGUCACCUAUGUGGUAUCUGGGGUGACGGGCUUCAUCGGUCUGAGCACCUUAGCGGUGCUGGCUAAUCUGGUCAUGGGCGUGGCGCUGCUGUCGCUCUGUGCCUGGGCGUAUGUGAAGUAUUCUGGAGAGUUCCGGGAGGUGGGAACGAUGAUAGAUCUGGUGGCCGAGACACUCUGGGAACAGGUUUUGAAGCCGCUAAGUGAACAUUAUAUGGAAGACAACGUCAGACAGACGGUGGUUAACUCUAUCAGAGCCAGCUUGACAGAACAGGGAUCGCAGCACACCAAGUUAAAGACUCACUGACACUCUUCCUCAUCCUCCUCAUCUCCCCCGUCAUGUUCAUCACCCCGCCCUCACCCACUCGCUCAAUGUGUUCAGUCCUAGAACUGUGGAACUAGUUCAACACCAAAGCUGACCCUCUUUUCCUCCCCCUCCACAAACACCCAUCAUGACAUCACUGACCCGUUUUUACAUGAGCAGCAUGGACCUGUAGGCUCGCUGUCUGUCCUGCUCUUCAUCGCCCCCCAGUGCCUCAGAGCAGAAACUGCACGUUCAUGAGAGGACCGAGCAGAGAAGCCGGCAGCGCUGCCUCUUGCCAAAACAGGACCUGAAGGAAGGUCAUCGUCUCCUGUGUGCCACGCUGUGAUAGAUGCUGUAAUGCACACUGUAGGCUGACUGACACACACACAUGUACACACACGUACACGUACACACACACACACACGUACACACACUGACACACACACACGUUUGCUGGUAGCGGACUGCAAUCGCUUCAGGAUUGUUUGCUGUAAUUCAGGGAAAACUGACACCGCUGUGGGCAGCUGUUAUCAACAAUGGAUGCAAACUGAAACUGACCUUUGUGUGCAUUUAAUCAUUUUGUCUUGCAGGCUGGACAGUUCAGAGCUCAGCUUACGUUUUCUUCAGCCUGUUAAAUAACAUUUCCUACAAGCACAAGUGACUAAUCAACUGAGAAAACUAAAAAUGAGGUGAUGGUUUUCUUUUUUUCCUUUCAGUUAAAUCAGGAAACGUUUUUAAUUUAUUCUACUGAAGUAUAGGUAAACGGUUCUUGUCAUGGACAAACUGGAGAGGCUAUUUUAACAGUCAAAUUUCCGGCCUGUCUUGUCCUGGCACGUUGAUCUGUCUCCUACAAAUCUGCAAUGAACAGAUGAGUGCAAGAAAUCAAAUCAAAGUCUAAUAUUUUUUCUUCUGACAUACAAAUAGCUCACUUGCCUGCCUCCAUUCAGUUACUCGACAGUAAACUUUGCAGGUGUGUUAAGCAGGUAAAUUUGUAUAAUCAAACUGGGCUCAGGUUGCUUCUAGACAGAACAUCUGUACACAUCUGUCUUUCCCUUUAAUACUUUGCGAUUGUAAUACUGAAGAGAACUGUAGGAAGCCACGGGCCUCUCGGCUGAACUUUUUGGUCUGUUUUUAUUUUAGAACUGACGUGUUUUAUCUGAGCUUUAGUGACUCAUAGCAGACCUGCCAGUGUUUGGCCCUCUGCAUGGUGUUAAGAGCUACUGUGUUGUAGCAUUAAGCUAGGUACGAGCUUUUAGAGCCCAGCUAUAGUCAGAGCAGUCAGAGUGUUGUCAUUUUGAACCAUUUUCUCCUUCACUGCCUUGCAUUAAAUCGACACUAGCUCUGGCUGCUUCUCUUUGCAUUUUUAGGAUCUGCAUGCUGUAAGUUUGAUUCUUUCUUUUGGGGGAUUAGAAACGUUGAUCUUUUUUAGGUGAAACCCCUAUUAAAGGAAUAGUUUCACACUUUGGAAAAUGUUUAUUUGCUUUCUUGGUGAGAGUUAAAUAAGAUCGAUACCACUCAUAUCUGUAGAAUGAAUACGAAGCUAUAUCCAGCAGCCGCUUAGCUUGGAUUACCCUGCGAUUACCCUUAUGCUAAGCUAAUGGCUACAGUAUGUGUUUAAUUGACAGGCAUGAGAGUGGUAUUAGUGGUCUAAUCUAACUCGGCAUGAAAGCGAAUAUCAUAUUUCCCAAAAUAUUGAGCUAUUCUUUUUACUGACAACAGAUCACCUGACUCUUACCCUCCUCAGUGAAUUAUUAUAGUCGGUUCUCCAUCACAGCUGAAGUUCCCAAAAGCAGCUUGAUUUAACAGGAAUCUGACUUAUGAAGAACCCUCCCCCUUUUUAUAUUUUAGUGAACACACUAACAGCUGCAUCACAUCUGUCUGAGCUCUUUUGCAUUGAUUCCAUCCACAGUAUUUCUCACCUCAAGCGCCAGUCUCGUACUGUACAGUCUCUCUUUUUCUGUGUUCACAUAUUACAGACAGGGCAUGUAUGUUGGAUUAAAUAUUUAAAUAAACUUUGUAUACAUUUUAUAGCGAAUCAGUUGAAAGUGGCUGUUUUUUUUUUUUUUCUCUCUUGAUCGACUAAACAGUCUGUGGUUUGUUAGAGAAUGAUAAGUUGCUGCUGUAGGGUUUACAUUAGUUUGCUCCCUUUCACGAGGAUGGACGUAAAUAGAAACACGUGUGAAUAUUUGGAUUCUGGUAGGAAAGUGUUUUGAUUCUGGCGAGUGGGUUGGAGACGAUGUUUGUCUGCCUUUUAAAGAUAUCUCUGGUAAUUUAUUUUUGAAUAAAAUGUUUACCUUAAGAAUAAAUCAUCAAUACAA